UCUUACAAUCGACAUUAAAUUUCAAAGAAUUUUAUCAAUACGGGUAUUCCAAACUACUUCCUGGUCAAAUAUAUCAUUAUGUUCAAUGUGAGCUAAAAAGAAGGGAAGUAAACUGUGUGAGCUAUUCGAUUCAAUCACUAGAUCGAUUGCCUUGUAAGUAUUACACCAAUAUAGACACCUAUGAUCGAAGCAAACGAAAAUGUCAGAAAACGCAUUUAAGUGCAGUCGUUUAGUUGUGGCGGCCAUCGACUUUGGCACUACGUUUUCUGGGUACGCCUACGCAACCCACCACGACCUGGCCAACAAGCCUCCGAAAAUACACACACCUAACUGGUACGGAGGAAGUCACAUCUCCAAUAAAAAUGCGACGAUUUUGCUCCUGAACUCGAAGCAGGAGUUUGUUUCAUUCGGGUAUGAAGCGGAGGACGCCUAUAUUGAAUUUGCAGCUGAAGGCAAACAUAAAGAUUACUACUUCUUCCGACGGUUCAAAAUGAACCUGUAUGAGUCUGAAAAUUUGAAGAGAGACACGAUGAUCAAAGACGAACAGGGCAAAAUGAUGAACGCAAUAAAGGUGUUCAGCCUUUGUAUCAAGUAUCUGAAGGACCAUCUGAUGAAGAACCUUUACACAAAAGUCUCAGACAUUAAGGAUAGCGAUGUUGCUUGGGUGUUGACAGUGCCGGCAAUAUGGAACGACAGCUCCAAGCAGUUCAUGAGAGAAGCUGCACUUCAGGCUGGGAUACAAAAUGACUCGUUGAGCAUAGCAUUGGAGCCCGAGGCUGCAUCCUUAUUUUGCAUGCACGUUCCGGUGGAAAAAGAGGCCAAAUUCACGCCCUUUGCUGUUGGUCAAAAGUAUAUGGUCGUCGACAUCGGUGGAGGCACAGUUGACAUAACUGUCCAUGAGGUCGUGUCGAAGGGACUUCGAGAACUGUUCUCUGCCAGCGGUGGUGCGUGGGGAGGAACACGAGUUGACGCAGCUUUCGAUGACUUUCUUAGCACUGUUUUCGGUAAAGAUGUGUUUGAGGAGUUCAAGAAAAAUUGCGUUGAAGAUUUGGUGGAGAUUCGGAGACAAUUUGAGACAAAGAAAAGAAACAUAGAUCCCGAAAAAGCUGGAAAAGACACUAUAACACUUCCUGCUGCUUUGAUGGAAAUUUACAAAUCGAAAAAGAAAAUUGAUUUAGAAACAGGUAUACAGAAAGGUCCAUUAGGCAAUAAGCUCUCAAUAACUACAAACAAGCUUCGAGUUGAACGCAGCCUUAUGAGAGGGUGGUUUAAAGAGUCCUGCGAGAAAACGGUUGAUCAUGUGAAGGAGCUUCUAAAGAAAGAUUCAUGCAAAGGUACUAGCACUAUUCUAUUAGUUGGCGGUUUUUCUGAAUCAGCCAUUUUGCAAAAAGCAUUUAGAGAUGCUUUCCCGGACAAGAGGCUUGUUAUCCCAGAAGAGGCAGGGUUGGCAGUGCUAAAAGGUGCAGUUCUUUACGGAAACAAUCCCAUAACAAUUGUUUCUAGGGUCGCAAAAUAUUCGUACGGCAUUCGCGUCUUCCGCGACUUUGUCGAAGGUGUCCAUCCCAAGGAGAAAAAAGAAAUGUAUGGAAGCAGAAUAAAAUGCAAGGAUGUGUUUGCCAAACAUGUCACAAAAGGUCAGGAUCUUGUUGUUGGCGAAGCCCAAUCAUCACAGAAAUAUAAUAAAGUCGAAGCUGAGCAGUUGUCUUUUAUAUUCGACAUUUUUACAUCGCCUGAAGAGGACCCAAAAUUUGUGACUGAUAAAGGUUGUUCCCACAUUGGGCAACUAGAGGUUGAUGCCCCAAAGGAUGGCAAAGGAGGGGGCGUGUCGGUCAAGAUGAUCUUUGGUGGGACAGAGCUCAUUGUUCACGCUACGGAAGAGGGCACGGGGAAAGAAAAGAAGGCGACUUUCAACUUCCUGCAGUAGGUUGGAGGAAAACAUUUUCAUAACUUGUGAUGAAGGUGGAUUGUAUUUCGAUUAUUUUUUUUAAGAAACCAUAUCCAUGCCAAACCAUAUGGCACAAAGUUUGUUUAAAAAAUUAUAUUUUUUCUGGUAUUUUAUACUAAUGUUCAAAAGUUUGCAAGUUCAAUGCAGAGGCAAUUUUCUAUUUCUAAAUAAUAACUAAUUUAUUUUACAAAAUAUGCCCACAUUACAAUAAUUUAUAUCACAGUUAUUAAACACAAAUGUGAUGGUAUAAUGUGAUCCACAAAUGGACACCAAAUUCCUUAAAAUAAUAUAAAACAUGAAGUAAAAUCUAGCAUGAUGAACACACUUAAAUGUUCUUCAUAAAGAAAUAAAAGUUUGUACUUGUUUUUGUAAUCAAAAACAUUAUUUGUGUUAGUCCAUAUUGAUUUAUAAUACUAGCAAAAACAAUGUGUAUGUGUUUAAUAAUAAAUGUGUACAAGUCAUAAGCGAUUUUACUUUGAUAAACAAAUAUUUUUUGAGGAAGUUGCAUUAACUUCAGUUUGUUCAUGUUCUAUGCUUAUAAGAGUUUAAUGCAUUGCUAGCAAAAUCGUAAACAUGACUUCAGGUUAUAACAGGUUAAGAAGCACAAUCUGUAAAUUUAGCCAAACAAAUAUCAAUGCACAUAAUUAUUCUAUAAUAGUACAUGAGUUGUUCCACUUAAAACUCUCCAUCUGUGAUAUUAAUGGUGUUAAAAUAAUCCAGCUUGUAAAAGGUUUACAUAUCUGUUGUUAUCAACCAUUCAAUGUUGAAAUAAAUAUACGAUAGUAAAAUAUAUUAAUCACUCAUACUAGUGACGGUAAGAGAGGUAUUUUGUUAAACAAUUUAAUUAACUAGAGCGUGUCACAGACAUUGAUAUCCCUACAACACAUGUUUGGACACAGAUAAAUCCAGUAUAUAUUCUACAGUGGACAAAAAGACAAAGGGCCAUAAUUCUUUUGAAAAUUCUUAAGUUCUUUUAGUGAAAAAUAAGACAUAAUUCCACAAAAACUCGUUGCAACCAAAAUGCAUUGCUUCAAGAUCAUCUACACAUUAAAGAGUAGUUGAAAACACAUGUUUAGACUAUAUACUCCAUAUUGGGAAAAAAAGGACCAUAAUUCUGUCAAAACUCGUUUUGCUUACUUUCCUUUCUUAAAGAUCAUCUACUCAUGAAGGUCAUUCAUUAGGGAAAGUUUGAUCAACUGUAAAAGUUUUAACAAGAUCCAACCAGAAGACAUAAAUGUAAAGGGACUAUAUAUUCUAAAGUGGGAAAAAAAGAAGGAAAAAUGGUCAUAAUUCUGCCAAAACUUGUCCCAGCCUAAGUUCUUUUCUUACGGUCAUCUACACAUUAUGGUCAUUCACUGUGAAAGUUUGGGCGAGAUUCACCCUGUGUAUAAACAUGUCCUGAACAUUAUGCAAUACUGUCAUUGACUGCUCUUAUUGAACAUACACAUAUUGACAGUGACAGACAACUAUGAUGCAGAGUUGAGAUUGUACAGGAUGGAUUUCAGAUUCAGUGCCAGAAAUGCCUGGUCGUUGGAACAUGUCCUCAGCAGCUCUUGGAUGAUGCCUGUUAUUGU